CAAAUAAAUUUAACUUGACUUAGAAAACAGAGGUUCCCACAAGCAAAGAAAUCUCCUUUUAGCAGUGAUUUUGUGCCUUUAUGUGAGUUUCGGGAACAUUUCAGGGCCAGAUGCAGACGUUCAGGUGAAGAGCAGCUGGAGUUGGGCUGGACCAGGUGAGACAGUGAUAAUGCUGACUGGUCUGAGGUCAGCUGGGCGGUUUCUCUGAAGAUCUGCAGCUAUAAGUAGAGCGUCAGACUGCGUGGCGCUGUGGAGACAGAGCAGUCUGGUUCUGUUGUGCAGCUCCUCCUCCACAUGGACGAUUUGACUCUUUCUGCAGGAGUGAAAUGUGAAACACUGAUCAUGUUUUCUGGCUGAUUUACCGUUAAGCAGGAUGAUGAUUAACUCCACAGAGGUUUUGUUUUUCACACUAACUGCCUACUUUCACUCUGAUGUUCUGAAAUAUUUGUAUUUCACUGUUGUUCUGGUCCUGUAUGUCCUGAUUAUCAGCUCCAACGUCCUGCUGAUCGUGGUGAUCUGUGUGAACCGGAGCUUACAUGAACCCAUGUUCCUGUUCCUCUGCAGCCUGUUUGUGAACGAACUGUACGGCAGUUUGGGUUUGUUCCCCUUCCUGCUGGUCCAGAUCCUCUCUGAUGUUCACAUCAUUCCUGCUCCGCUCUGCUUCCUGCAGAUCUACUGUGUUUACACCUACGCUCACAUCGAGUUCUGCAACCUGGCCAUCAUGUCGUACGACAGAUACCUGGCCAUCUGCCGCCCCCUGCAAUACCACGCCCUGAUGACGCCGUCCCGGAUCGCCAGGCUGGUCGCGCUCACCUGGCUCUUCCCUCUCCUUGAAUCUGUAGCAGGAAUAUUAAUGACCGUCUCUCUGCAGCUCUGCGGAAGCGUCAUCCAUAAAAUCUACUGUCACAACCACUCCAUCGUUAAGCUGGCCUGCGCCGACACCACAGCCAGCAACGUUGGCGGAAUAGUUUACAUGUUCACCAUAAUCCUGGGGAUUAUCGUCUUAAUCCUUUAUUCAUAUGCUGAGAUCCUGAAAGUGUGUUUCUCUGGAUCCAAGCAGACCCAGCAGAAGGCACUGAGCACCUGCGCGCCUCACCUGGCCUCGCUCAUUAACUUCUCCUUCGGAUGUUUCUUUGACCUGUUUCAGAGCAGGGUGGAGGUGAGCGGGGUUCCUGAGGCGCUGCGGGUUGUUUUAUCUCUCUACUUCCUGACCUGCCAGCCGCUCCUCAACCCUCUGCUGUACGGACUCAACCUGUCAAAGAUCCGCAGCUUCAGCAAACGGCUGGUUCUGGGACGAGCUGAGCUUCCUGAACUGCAGAAACACUAAACCUUACCAAAUGUUUCUGGUUUCCAGCCCAAAUG